AUGCAGCAGAAGCGAAACCUCUCUAUUCACGAGUACCUGUCCGCCCGUCUCCUCAAGAGCUAUGGCAUCGGUGUUCCCAAGGGCGAGGUCGCCCACUCUGGUGAGGAGGCUGAGGCUGUCGCCAAGACCAUCGGUAACGACGAUAUGGUUAUCAAGGCCCAGGUUCUCGCCGGUGGCCGUGGUAAGGGUCACUUCGACAACGGUCUCAAGGGUGGUGUUCGUGUUAUCUACUCUCCUACCGAGGCCAAGAUGUUUGCCGACCAGAUGAUUGGCCACAAGCUCAUCACCAAGCAGACUGGUGCCGCUGGCCGUGACUGCAACUCUGUCCUCAUUUGCGAGCGCAAGUUCGCCCGCCGCGAGUUUUACCUCGCUAUUCUGAUGGACCGUGCUCUCCAGACCCCCAUCAUCGUCUCUUCCUCCCAGGGUGGUAUGGACAUUGAGGCUGUCGCCAAGGAGAACCCCGAUGCUAUCACCACUACCCCCAUUGACAUCAAGACCGGUGUCACCGAUGAGAUUGCCCGCACUAUCGCCAUCGACCUCGGCUUCUCCGAGCAGUGCAUUGAGGAGGCCAAGACCACCAUUCAGAACCUCUACAAGGUCUUCAUGGAGCGUGAUGCUACCCAGAUCGAGAUCAACCCCUUGUCCGAGACCUCCGACCACCAAGUUCUGGCUAUGGACGCCAAGCUUGGCUUUGACGAUAACGCCGAGUUCCGCCAGAAGGAAGUCUUCUCGUGGCGCGAUCCCAGCCAGGAGGAUGCUGAUGAGGUCAAGGCUGCUGAGCACGGCCUGAACUUCAUCAAGCUGGACGGUGACAUUGGCUGCCUGGUCAACGGCGCCGGUCUCGCCAUGGCCACCAUGGAUAUCAUCAAGCUGAACGGCGGUAGCCCCGCCAACUUCCUCGACGUCGGCGGUGGUGCCACCCCCGCUGCCAUCAAGAGCGCCUUCGAGCUGAUCACUAGCGACCCCAAGGUGUCCGCCAUCUUCGUGAACAUUUUCGGUGGUAUUGUCCGCUGCGAUGCCAUCGCCCAGGGUUUGAUCAACGUUGUGCAAGAGAUGGGUCUCCGCACUCCCAUCGUCGCCCGCCUCCAGGGUACCAACAUGGAGCAGGCCCACAAGCUGAUCAACGAGUCCGGUCUCAAGAUCUUCUCCAUGGAGGACCUCCAGAACGCCGCCGAGAAGUCGGUUCAGUUCUCCAAGGUCGUCAAGAUGGCCCGUGAGAUCGAUGUCGGCGUUGAGUUCACCCUGGACAUCUAA